AACUUCCUAGCAUGGAAUCAAUUUAUCGAAGGAGGCGGUAUUCAUUGUCAGAAUAACAAAAAUUUGUUGAGAAGAAUCAAAUCAAGUUCAAUUAAUGAGCAAAAAUUGGAGAGCGAAGUAAAACAAUUUUCGCCAAAAUUAUCUGUUCGAAAUAAAACAUCAACUGUGGCAGAAUCGAAUGUCUCCGUGACUGGAAGAGAACCGCUGUUACCAGAGCAAUCAAAAUCACAGCAAGUGAUCGUAGUGGAAGGUCAUUUGUUUGAAGUUCGACCUUCGUUUGCUGAAAUCGGUACUAGGUCAUCAGAUCAAAACAUGGGCAGCCCUGAUGGCAACGAGAGACAAGAAAAUCUAACCAUCAUUAAUUCUGAAGAACCGCCUAAGAAAAAUCGACGAGUGCAAGUCCCCUCUAAAGAUAUUACCACUGGUAUUUCAAGCAUCGAACCCUUUUCCAAAAAUACUCCAAAAAAGAAAUUACAUGAUCCGGCACCUCAAAAAAUCGGUAUACUAAUAGGAAUCCCAAGUCGCCGAAAGAAUUCUAGUGUUUUAAGUGAUGCCAAUCAACACUUGGACAUGGUUAAGCAUCUCUCUCUGGUAUUUCUGUUUUCCCGUCUCAAAAAUCCGAUGAAAUGGAAUGCUACUACUUUCGAAGAAAUUCACUCUUUGGGUGACAAUAUUCAAUCUAAUUUGGUUAUGACUAAGUUCGGCAUAAACUACAAAUCAAAAACGUAUCAUAUGAAGUUGACGAGCACGGUGGUCAAAGGACGUAUAAAUUCGCCUCAGGCGCCACCACCCACUUUCAAGAAUGCUUUGAUAGAACAAAUUUCCGCAUACACGGGCUUGGUGUUGAAAUGUGAGGAACAAUAUUUAAUUACGUGGAAGAUUGCAGAGGGAUAUUAUUUGUACGAUCCCUGUUUAGGAGACACUUCGCAAUUGAUGUUUUUCAACAGUCUCAAACUGAUGAUACAAUUUUUAAUCGAAACAAAGCAACUGACAGAUCGAUCAAAAUUCUUCAUGUCCAAGGUAUCUCUGAGUACUGUUGAUGAUGGACACGUUGUAACUGUCAAACGUAAGUCGCGCAUGGCAAAGAAAUUUGAAAUCUUGAAUAAUCAGGAAGCUUUGCUAAUGGGCAAUAAAUAUCUAAAGGAAAUUUCUCACAAAUUAGAAUCGUUGAGAAUAUCGCUUAAUGCUAUCGAUUUUGCUCAGCAUCUAGAAGCUAGAUCAUGGGAUGCAUCUGAUUUGAGCAAAUUAUUUGAAGGUGAACUGACGGAUAAGUCAAUAAAUAAGCUUGGGGUAUUUCUUUGUGAAGAAGGUUCUGAAGAAACAUUCCUUCUGGAGAAAUCAAGAUUAAUUCGAUUGGAAGUGAGCUUCUCAUAUGCGGAGCGAGGAGAGUUCGAACUGUUGCUAAACCGUCUUUUGGCGAUUCGUGUUGCAUUGAUAUUAAAAAUCGAAGAAGCCUACGUAGCCAUUUGGAGUAGUCAGAAUAUACUUUACUGGUUUUGCCCAUUUCGUUACGAUGCGUUGAAGCUAGAUCCUGCCGAUCUUGAAGACAAAGCAUGUUUUUUGUACGCAUUCAGCUCUUUGGCUCGCUUAUCUCGCGUUUUGUUCGACUACUUUACUGAAUUAGGACUUCUACCGCGUCACUCGAUCCGUUUGUUUACCGUAGAUACUGAACCAUUUGGAAAGCAUCCUCGAAUACCGUUAAUCGAUAGCACUGACUCGUUAAAUAGGAGCGAGCUAGAAAUUCGCAUAACCGAGUGUGAACGGAAAAAAAUGUUUAUUUCGGAUGAAAACUUACCUGCAAUGACUAUUUCGGAAGCAAAACUUUGCCGGAUUAUGAUGCGGGAAAUCUUGCAAGAAGCGGAAAAAGACUGUAACUAAGCAUGACAUAUGA